UCCGCCAGAGGCUUCCGUAAGCAUUCCAUCGCUGUGACUUGCAAUAGUGUUAUAUAGUAGUUGUUGUCGUUGUGAGUGCAGUGGGAAAAGCAUCGAAGGCGCACCGACCUCACCAAAGGCAUAAACUAUGGAAGAAAUCAACAACAUUGAAGUCGUGCCAUGUACCAACUCUAACUAUUUGAAACCAUUCAGGUUGCACUACAAUCAGAAUGGAACGAGGAAAUCCUGGGACUUCAUGCGGACACACGACAGUGUCUCGGUCCUGAUCUUCAACACCACCUCACACUGUUUUGUCCUGGUCAAGCAGUUCCGCCCAGCUGUGUACAUGUGUGAGUGGGAGAAAGCCAAGCAGCAACCGCCGGAACCCUCAGAGGAGACUGCCGAGGAGGGCGGGGCCGCUGCCGCCGCCUCCGCCGCCACCACUCCUUCAGCCGAGGGCGCCGCCGCCGCGGAGGAGUCGUCCGAGGGCCCGGCGGCGGCCGAGGAAGAGGGGGCUGCUGCCUCCUCCUCCUCGUCCGCCUCCCCCACCGCGGCCGGGGGCCAGCCCCCGGCCGCGGUGGGGGUCACCUACGAGCUGUGCGCCGGCCUGGUGGACAAGCCCCAGCUCUCCCUGGAGGAGAUCGCCCGGCAGGAGGUGCUGGAGGAGUGCGGCUACGAUGUGCCCGUGGCCAAGCUGCGGAGGAUCACCUCUUACAGGUCGGGCGUGGGCGUGACGGGCGCCAAGCAGACCAUGUUCUACGCGGAGGUGUCGGAGGAGAACCGCGUGGGCGCGGGCGGCGGGCAGCCGGAGGAGGGCGAGCUGAUCGAGGUGGUGACGGUGCCCCUGCACGAGGCCAUGACCUUCGCCUACGACGAGAGCAUCCCCAAGACCAUGGGCGUCAUCUUCAGCUUCAUCUGGUUCCACAACAACAUGUCCCCCAAGUACAAGAUCUCCACCAACGUGUAGAAGGGAGAAACUGACUUGAGGAUCCGCCUUGUGUGUCGUCACCAGUGUGUAAAGAAAAAAAAAAUAAUAGUAAUACGAAAAAUGUAGAGAAGGAAGAAAAUCCACCAGCCACUCUUGCGCAACCCCCUACCCCCACCUUGCCAUCGUGUGUCGCAUCCGCCAACCCCCCCUCCCCCCCCUCGACUCCGAUAUCAAAUGAGGGCACGUGAUGGCCCAUCCCCCACCCUUCCUUCCUCGCAAGGUCUUAAUCCUUCAUCGCAUUUGACGCCUUCGUACGCGAUAAAGGGGCCGAUAAAGUUCCUUGUCUCGUUGGCGACUUUUCUCUCCUCUUUGAGUUUGGUUCUCUUCUCGUGUGUGAAAAGUGUUCCUCAUCACGACAGACGCCAUAUGCUGGGGGGGGUCACUGGCACUUUUUAGUUUUGUGUUCUCGAUGUUGUUUGGUCCAAGUCUUUCGUUUGCCAUCGUUCAUAUAUCAAUAUAUAUAUGUAUAUAUGAUUGCCAAUGAUAAAGCCAAGAGUCGUAAUGCAAAAAAUCUACACACAACUAAACAAUGCCUGGUCAAAGAUGGGGUCUCCGGAGUCUGAUAACCAUCUCUACUUCUACAGGCAUUCCUCCUUUGAGAUAGCAAUACAUUGUACCCCAGUGUGACUGACGUUAACGUUUUGAGUGUGUGUUGUGUCUGUUUUGUUUUUAAUUCACUCCCAAGAUUUCAGUAGUACAGCACCAUUUUUUUCUUUCUUAUAGUAAAUGGAAAACAUCAAUUUUAUUCUAUUUAAAUCUAGGUAACGACCCAAACUUUUUAUACUUGGGUAAAAGCUCAUUGGGAGUCGGCUUGUAGUGUUUAUUCCAUUGCUGAGUCAUUUAGUAUAAAGCGUAUACAAAGCAGGACUACAAGUCAUAUGUAAUUGUUGGCAGAAACAGGUGAUCCACAAUGCCACAUUUGCUAAGCUCUCAGGUGCAAAUCAUGCAUGUUAUCACUAUCCAAAUGCAUGAUGAUUAUAUUAUGUAUUGAACUUGAUUAUUGAUCAUACUACUUUCAAGCUACCAACAAGUAAUUAUGUUUUGGCAGCUUAAACAUCCAACAAUAUAUUAAUUUGGCCUUUGACAGUCAAGCCAAAAGAGCCUGAUACCAGACUAAACAAGGAGCAGUAUGUAAAUGUGGAAAAGCAAUUAUUUUCUUACUUGGCACAAUCUAAAGUAUGUCUUUAACAAAUAUAAAUAUCCUAAUCGUACGAUGAAUGAUUACAACGGUGCACACUGAGUUUGGUUCUUUGUUUUUUCUUUCUUUUUUAAAUGUAUCAUCACACUGUAUAUACAUGGCCGGUUACCUCUUCCCUCAUUAAGUGUACAAAAUGAGCAUCACUAUUUGCGAAUAACUGCUGAAUUGAACCGUGUGCGGGGGAGGGAUAUAUGAAGCAUUGAAGAAGCAAUUCAUAUGGCACAUAGCGACAGCUUCACAAGCUAAAGAAAAAGUCGAAGCGAUAUACAUUUUCUUUUUUCUUAUUGUUUGGCUUGUUGAGUUUCCACUAUACGUUUGAUUCUCCCAACACAUCGUUUAGUGAUCAGGAAGGUCCGUGCGCUUCACAUCGACCCCCAGUCAAAGGACCACGGACCAGGUUUAACUAAAUAUCUAUGGUGGCUUGUGAAGGUCGGCCUCAACCUAUUCGACGACAUGGGAUCUGGGAUCUAUCUGCGCGGACAAACAAAACACCAGUGUCACUUCAUUGCCAUGGUCUGUACUUUUUGCUAUCAAAAUAUGCAUACAUUAGUAUGGAUAUAUGCUGCAGUUUUAUGGCUGUAAUCCAACCUUUUCCUCUCGAGAAAAGGUUGGCUGAAACGUCAUCGACAGAAAGUAUCUCAGACUGCCAUUGAUAAGCCAUAAGCAAACGCUAACAUUUCAGGGAUGGCACGGAACACACUUAGUGCCAUUAGCCAUAGAAGAAGUCAUCUCACCUGGCACAAUUUGAGCCAAUCAGAGAGAGUUAUUGCAAUAACCAGGGUUCCACCAGCGAUCGUGCUACCCCUGAGGUCUGAUGUUUGUGUUUGCUUACCAUUUCAAUCCCACAAUCAUGGCACAUGAUGAAUCCACUUUUGGCAUGGUCUACAAGAGGUAUGCUUACGGAUAUGGAAUAUGAUUGGAUUAAAAUGUAACUCUGAAUCGCGGUCAUCGAAUGACCUAUCUGCCCACCAUCCUGCCAAACAAUAUACGAAUAAAUGGGUGGUAAACAUCUCAAACGUUGUGCUAUUUAAAUAAAAUUGCUCUGAGUCCUUUUCA